AUGGCCGAGAACGUGGUGGAGCCCGGACCGCCGUCCGCCAAGCGGCCCAAGCUCGCCUCCCCGGCCCUCUCGGUGGCCGCCAGCGACGGCACAGAUUUUGGAUCCUUAUUUGACUUAGAACAUGACUUACCAGAUGAAUUAAUCAACUCUUCUGAAUUGGGACUUAGCAAUGGUAGUGACAUUGGUCAGCUACAGACAAGUCUUAGCAUGGUACAAGACGCUGCUUCUAAACAUAAACAGCUUUCUGAAUUGCUUCGGGCUGGCAGUUCACCGAAUCUCAGCAUGGGAGUUGGUGGCCCUGGACAGGGCAUGGCUACUCAAGCCCAGCAGAACAGUCCUGGAAUGGGAAUAUUGAAUAGUAUGGUCAAAAGCCCCAUGGCACAGGCAAACUUGACUUCUCCUAACUUGGGAGUGGGUGCCAGCGGGCCAAAUCAAGGCCCUUCAGCACAGUCUGCAGCUGGUAUGAUCCCAGGAGUGAACAGUCCAGUAAACCAGCCUGGACUAGGGAUGAACACAGCAAUGAAUGCUGGCAUGAAUCCUGCCAUGUUAGCUACAGGCAAUGGACAGGGGAUGAUGCCAAGCCAAGUCAUGAACGGUUCCAUUGGAGCAGGCAGGGGGCGACCUAACAUGCCAUACCCAAACCAAGGCAUGGGCAGUGCUGGCAGUUUACUGGCUGAGCCCCUGCAACAAGGCUCUCCCCAGAUGGGAGGACAAACAGGAUUGAGGGGUCCACAGCCUGCAGGAGCUUUGAGCAAGAUGGGAAUAAUGAACAAUCCCAAUCCUUAUGGGUCACCAUAUAGUCAGAAUUCUGCUCAACAGAUUGGAGCCAGUGGACUUGGACCCCAGAUGCAAAACAAGGCUGGAAUACCCAAUAGCUUGCCCCAGUUUUCAAUGGACAAAAAGCCAGUUCCUGGAGCAGGAAUGUCUAACAUGGGCCAGCAGCAGGCCCCUCAAGUUCAGCCACCUGGCAUGGUGCCCUCUGCACCCCAGGGGAUGGGUUCUGGACCCCCCACAGCUGAUCCUGAGAAGAGGAAGCUCAUUCAACAGCAACUUGUUCUUCUCUUGCAUGCCCACAAGUGUCAGCGGCGUGAGCAAGCCAACGGGGAAGUGCGCCAGUGUAACCUUCCCCACUGUCGCACAAUGAAGAAUGUCCUCAACCACAUGACACAUUGCCAGGCUGGCAAGUCCUGCCAGGUGGCACAUUGUGCUUCUUCAAGACAAAUCAUCUCACACUGGAAGAAUUGCACGAGGCAUGACUGUCCUGUGUGUUUGCCCCUCAAAAAUGCUGGGGAUAAAAGAAACCAACAAUCAAUAUUGACUGGUGCUUCAGUGGGUCUUGGAAAUGCUGGUUCUGUAGGGGUGGGUCAGCAAACGACCCCCAGCCUAAACCCUCCCAGUCAGAUUGAUCCCAGCUCCAUAGAGCGGGCAUAUGCAGCUCUCGGCCUAACCUAUCAAGGAAACCAGAUGCAGACACAGCCACAAGCUCCAGUGAAGAAUCAGCAGCCGGGGCAGCCAGCCCAGGGCAUGCGUCCCCUGAAUGCCAUGAGUGCCAGUCCUAUGGGUGUAAAUGGAGGCGUAGGGGUUCAACCAUCUAGUCUUCUCUCUGACACCAUGAUUCAUUCAACUAUGAAUUCUCAAAACCCAAUGAUAAAUGAAAGUGCUGGUGUUGCCAACCUGGGGGCUUUGCCAGCAGCAACCCCGCCAGCUAGUGCUGGAAUUCGGAAACAGUGGCAUGAAGAUAUUACUCAGGAUCUCCGCAAUCAUCUUGUUCAUAAACUUGUCCAAGCCAUAUUCCCGACUCCAGAUCCUGCUGCGCUAAAAGAUAGAAGGAUGGAGAACCUGGUUGCCUAUGCGAGGAAGGUGGAGGGGGACAUGUAUGAGUCUGCAAAUAGCCGAGCUGAGUACUACCACCUCUUGGCUGAGAAGAUCUAUAAAAUCCAGAAAGAACUAGAAGAGAAGCGGCGAACCAGGCUCCAGAAACAGAACCUAAUGCCGACUGGCCCAGGCCUGGCACCACCUUCAAUGGGCCAGGGGCCCAGCUUGGGCCCUCCGCCACCCACGAUGGCUGCCAAUGGUCCUUUGCCAGACCCAACCAUGAUCCGUGCCAAUGUACCAAACCAGAUGAUGACUCGGAUGCCUCCACAGGCAGGAAUGAAUCAGUUUGGCCAGAUGAGCAUGCAGCUGCCAUCCAUGGGACCCAGGCAGACACCUCCUCUUCAGCACCCUGGACAGCUAGCCCAGUCUGGGCCCAUGAACCAGUCUCUUGCCUUUGCUUCUCGGAUGCAACAACCAGGGGUUGGCCAGCCUUCUAGCCAGAACCAAUUCCUUCAACAGAAUCAAUUUUCUGCUCCCUCCCAAGGACUGAAUGCUGCAAAUAUGCCCAUGGCACAGCCCAGCAGUCAGGCACCAGUGUCUCAAGCUCAGAUGUCCGGCUCUUCCUGUCCUGUGAAUUCUCCUGCAAUGACUCCAGGUUCUCAGGGCAACCACAUUCACUGCCCCCCUCUCCCUCAACCUUCACUGCAUCGAAAUUCACCUUCUCCAGUCCCCAGUCGGACUCCUACGCCACAUCACACACCCCCAGGCAUGGGAUCCCAACAGCCUCCAGCUCCAGUACCUUGCGCUCCUGCUCCAACACCCCCAGCACUGCCCUCUGGACCACAACCCCCAGCUCUCCAUCCUGCUCCAAGACAAACUCCAACACCACCUCAGGCACAGAUUCCUCCCCAAGUCCAGCCUCCGAUUCCUGCUGUCCCUUCAGUCGAACCACCCCAGCAGCAGCCCCUCUCCCAGCAGAGUACCACAGCCUCUGUGCCUACCCCGACGGCCCCGCUGCCACCUCAGCAGCCAACAACACCACUUUCCCAGCCUGCUGUCAGCAUUGAAGGACAGGUAUCAAACCCUCCAUCGACAAGUAGCAUGGAAGUGAAUUCCCAGACUGCUCCUGAGCAACAGCCCUCACAGGACAUUAAAAUUGGCCCUAAAAUGGAGGAGGAGCCAUCAGAGUCAGGAGAGGCCCAGUCCGAGGAGAACAAGCCUGAGGUUAAAGCAGCAGCAGCAGCAGCAGAAGAUUGUAAGAUAGAACCUAUGAACACAGAAGAAAAACCGAGAGAAGUAAAGACAGAAGUGAAAGAGGAGGAAGACCAGCCAAGCACUCCGGCUACUCAGUCCUCCCCAGCUCCAGGACAGUCGAAGAAAAAAAUUUUCAAGCCAGAAGAAUUGCGUCAGGCACUAAUGCCAACAUUGGAGGCCCUUUACCGUCAAGAUCCAGAAUCCCUUCCCUUCCGGCAGCCUGUUGACCCACAGCUUCUAGGAAUCCCGGAUUAUUUUGAUAUAGUGAAGUGUCCCAUGGAUCUUUCUACCAUUAAGAGGAAAUUAGACACUGGACAGUACCAAGAGCCCUGGCAAUAUGUGGAUGACAUAUGGCUCAUGUUCAACAAUGCCUGGCUCUAUAACCGGAAGACAUCCCGUGUGUACAAGUACUGCUCCAAGUUGGCUGAGGUGUUUGAGCAAGAGAUUGACCCCGUUAUGCAGAACCUGGGAUAUUGCUGUGGCAGAAAGUUGGAGUUCUCACCCCAAACCCUUUGUUGCUAUGGCAAACAGUUAUGCACCAUUCCUCGAGAUGCCACUUACUACAGUUACCAAAACAGGUAUCAUUUCUGUGAGAAGUGUUUCAACGAAAUCCAGGGGGAGAGCGUUUCUCUGGGGGAUGAUCCAUCCCAGCCUCAAACUACAAUAAAUAAGGAACAGUUUUCCAAAAGAAAGAACGAUACACUAGAUCCUGAAUUGUUUGUCGAAUGUAUAGAAUGUGGCCGGAAGAUGCAUCAGAUCUGUGUGCUUCACAACGAAGUCAUCUGGCCCUCUGGAUUUGUCUGUGAUGGGUGUCUGAAGAAAACUGGGCGAACGCGGAAAGAAAACAAGUUUUCAGCUAAAAGGCUGCCAUCUACCAGGCUUGGUACCUUCCUAGAAAACCGAGUAAAUGACUUUCUGCGACGGCAGAAUCACCCCGAGUCAGGAGAGGUCACAGUUCGGGUUGUUCAUGCUUCAGACAAAACCGUCGAAGUGAAACCAGGCAUGAAAGCAAGAUUUGUCGAUAGUGGCGAGAUGGCCGAAUCCUUCCCAUACCGAACAAAAGCCCUCUUUGCCUUUGAGGAAAUCGAUGGGGUUGACUUGUGCUUCUUUGGCAUGCAUGUUCAAGAGUAUGGCUCCGACUGUCCCCCGCCCAAUCAGAGGAGAGUAUAUAUAUCUUACCUCGACAGUGUUCAUUUUUUCCGUCCCAAAUGCUUCAGGACUGCAGUCUAUCAUGAAAUCUUAAUUGGCUACUUAGAAUAUGUCAAGAAAUUAGGGUACACCACUGGGCAUAUCUGGGCCUGUCCCCCAAGUGAAGGAGACGACUAUAUCUUUCACUGCCACCCUCCCGAUCAGAAGAUCCCAAAGCCCAAGCGAUUGCAGGAAUGGUACAAAAAGAUGCUGGACAAGUCCGUGUCAGAACGCAUCGUCCAUGAUUACAAAGAUAUUUUUAAACAAGCCACAGAAGAUCGUUUAACUAGUGCGAAGGAGCUCCCUUACUUUGAAGGCGAUUUCUGGCCCAAUGUGCUGGAGGAGAGCAUUAAGGAGCUGGAGCAGGAAGAAGAAGAGAGAAAAAGAGAAGAGAACACCAGCAAUGAGAGCACAGAUGUGACUAAGGGAGACAGCAAGAAUGCCAAAAAGAAAAAUAACAAGAAAACGAGCAAAAACAAGAGCAGCCUGAGCCGGGGUAACAAGAAGAAGCCGGGCAUGCCCAACGUCUCCAAUGACCUGUCCCAGAAGCUCUAUGCCACCAUGGAGAAGCACAAAGAGGUCUUCUUUGUGAUCCGCCUCAUCGCCGGCCCCGCAGCCAACUCUCUGCCCCCCAUCGCAGAACCCGACCCCCUGAUCCCCUGCGACCUGAUGGACGGCCGGGACGCCUUCCUCACCCUGGCCAGGGACAAGCACCUGGAGUUCUCGUCCCUGCGCAGGGCCCAGUGGUCUACCAUGUGCAUGUUGGUGGAGCUGCACACCCAGAGCCAAGACCGCUUCGUCUACACCUGCAACGAGUGCAAGCACCACGUGGAGACGCGGUGGCACUGCACGGUGUGCGAGGACUACGACCUGUGCAUCACGUGCUACAACACCAAGAACCACGACCACAAGAUGGAGAAGCUGGGCCUGGGCCUGGACGACGAGAGCAACAACCAGCAGGCGGCGGCCACGCAGAGCCCCGGAGACUCGCGGCGCCUGAGCAUCCAGCGCUGCAUCCAGUCCCUGGUGCACGCCUGCCAGUGCCGCAACGCCAACUGCUCGCUGCCCCCCAUGGCGGCCGGCGUGCCGCGGGCCGGCCUGCCCCCGCCGCAGCCCCCGCCGCAGCCGCAGCCCCCGCCCGCCAUGGGCGGCGUGAGCCCGCAGGCGCCGCAGAUGAACAUGGGCCACGGCGGCAUGUCGGUGCAGUUCCGGGAGCUGCUCAUGCGGAGGCAGCAGCAGCAGCUGCUCGACCAGCAGCGCCAGCAGCAGCAGCAGCAGCAGCAGCAGCAGCAGCAGCAACAGGGGGUGGGCCCCGCCAUGGGCGGCCACGGCCAGUUCCCGCAGCCCCAGGGGCUGGGCUACCCCCCGCAGCAGCCGCCGCCGCGCAUGCAGCACCACCUGCAGCAGAUGCCGCCGGGUGCGCUGGGACAGAUGGGCCAGCUGGCACCGGGCCUGGGCGCCGAGCCGGGCACCAGCCUGCAGCAGGCCUACCAGCAGCGGCUGCUCCAGCAGCAGAUGGGCUCCCCGGCCCCGCCGAACCCCAUGAGCCCCCAGCAGCACAUGCUCCCGAGCCAGGCCCAGUCCCCCCACCUGCAGGGCCAGCAGAUCCCCCCGUCGCUCACCAGCCAAGUGCGCUCCCCCCAGCCCGUCCCGUCGCCCCGGCCCCAGUCCCAGCCGCCCCACUCCAGCCCGUCGCCCCGGAUGCAGCCGCAGCCUUCCCCGCACCACGUCUCCCCGCAGACCAGCUCCCCGCACCCGGGGCUGGUGGCCGCCCAGGCGAGCGCCAUGGAGCAGGGGCACUUCGCCAGCCCGGACCAGAGUGCCAUGCUCUCCCAGCUCGCCGGCAACCCCGGCAUGGCCGGCCUCCACGGGGCGGGCGCCACGGACCUGGGGCUGAGCGCCGAGAACUCAGACUUGAAUUCAACCCUUUCACAGAGUACACUAGACAUACACUAGAAAUACCUUGUAGCAUUUUGGGAGCAAAAACAAAACUUAUUUUCUCUUAAGACUUUUUGUACUGAAGACGACAUUUUUUGGAAAUCUUUCUUAGCCUAAAAGACAUUUUCCCUGGAACACAUCCGGACUGUGCAGCAAGAGCUUGUGGUUUCAGACAAAAAGCAAACGAUGAACCUGAGGGAUGACAGACAGAAUAUAAAGUAUAUUUUUGUUAUGGCUGGGCCUCACCAGUCCUCCUUCCCUCCUGCCCGCUGUGCCCUCUCUCCCCUUCUCCCCGUGGACGCCUCCGGCCACACGCUCCUUCCCGGCCCCUCCACUAGGGUUUAUUUUUUUUUUUUUUUUUUUUUUUUAAAUUAAUGAGAAUGUGUAAUAUUGAUAGUUAUAAUUUCCUGGGGCGGCACGUGGUUGCCAUUUCUCCCUAUUCUUUCGUUUUCCUCAUCACACCCACCAUGGCAGAAGAGUUAACACACAAACAUUUCUUAAACCAGAGGACAAAAGGGGUUAAUGUUGCUUUAAAAAUAUAUUAUAAAUAUAUAUAUAU